CUGAAAAAAAAAAACGAUGAAAAGCUUCAUACUUAUACUUAUCGUAAUUUGUUGAUAAACAUAAAUUUGUCCAUAUCGACAGAAUCUUAUUACUUUUCCCUAAGGGAAAAAAUGCUUAUAAUCGAUGUGCCCAUUAAAUCUGAGUAUUUAGGUAUUCGAACAUUUGGCUUAUUCCCUAUGGUGUCCAGUGCGAUUCUCCGGCCAACAACAUCACCAGUCAGUGAUACAUUGCGUCUACCUAAUCGCAAUAAUUUAUGUUUAUCACCAAAUUCUCUUGCAUUAAAUAAAAAGCAGUCGCGUCCGACAUUCACUGGCCAUCAGAUAUUUAUGUUGGAAAAGAAAUUUGAGCAAACAAAAUAUUUGGCUGGAACAGAUCGAGCUCAAUUAGCACAAGAAUUAAACAUGAGUGAAAGUCAAGUUAAAGUUUGGUUUCAAAAUCGAAGAACUAAAUGGCGUAAAAAAGAAGCGGCUGAUAAUGCAGUAGUUAAGCGAUCAAAUGGUAUACCAUAUUUAGUAUAUAUGUGUAUAUAUAUAUAUAUACAAAUAUAA